AUGUCGAACUGGGGCUUCUUAGGCGAUUACGGGAGUUGGUUUUCCUCCCCCAGCAACCACGUCGCUGCGGGAAAUGUGGGCACGCCUAAUGUAGAGGCGAACAUUCAGACUAAUCUGGCGGCUGCUGCUGCUACAGCGGCGAACAGUUCCACCGCGCCACCAUUCUUCGAAGACAAUGUAGACCCCAGGGUUAGGGAUGGGGGAAAGAAUAAUAACGCAGGUAGUGGAACGAACUCUCAUGAUAAAGGGAAACAUAAGUUCAAAUUCAAGAACGAUAAAACAGAUUGGUCAGAGGACAGAGACAGGAAUGGUACAAUGGAUAAUGCAUGUGGGCAGCGUAGUAGUAGCAGUGGUAGCAGGGAACCUGGAAGUGAUAAGAGUAGGAAGGGGAAGAAAGAAAAGCAUAAAGAUAAAAAAGGAGAAAGGGGUUCUACUACAGCACGUCAUACUUCUAGCGAUGCUGGGUUAGAGGGUCAAAAUGGUAGUAGUACUGCUGCUGCUGCCCCGAGUGGAAGCGGUGAGAGCAGCAGUGGCUUCUUCAAUAAUUUCGGGUUGGGAAAUUUUUUUUCAAAUAUUGAAAGUCCCUCAUUUUGUAACGAAUAUAAAACGGGUUACUGUUUAGACGAGGAAGCAAAGACUGUCCUGGGGGAAGGUGGAGAUUCUUCAAAUAAAUCUUCUUCAAAAAAGGGAAGCAAAUUUGGCAUAGGGCUAGAAGACACAGGAGGAGUGUUCAAUAGUGAUGGUCCCGAAGGAACCCCUGUAUGUGUGGACACAACUUACUAUGACAUUUUAAAUGUAAAACCUACUGCUACGUAUAGCGAAAUUAAAUCUAGCUAUUACAAGUUAGCCUUGAAAUGUCACCCAGAUAAAAGAGCAGAUGAUCCCGAUGCAAAAAUGAAAUUUCAACAGAUUAAUGAAGCAUAUCAGGUGUUAAGUGAUCCUCAGAGGAGAGCAGAUUAUAACAAACAUGGACUCAACGCAACAAAAGAUAUGGUUGUGAUUGACCCUUCCUUAUUGUUCAUGAUGUUAUACAGUUCCGAGGAACUGUCAGAUUAUGUGGGUACCUUACGAGUUGCCUUUUUUAUUAAAUUAGCAUUUGAAUGUAACACGACCAUUGAAGACAUUCAUACACAAGGAGGGCAAAUGUUGUCCGAGAUGGAAGUAGAGCAGGCUAGAAGAGAAGUCGAGUUAGCUUUACUUUUAAGAAAAAGGUUACAACCUUAUGUUGAUGGAGAUGCAACUUGGGCAGACAGAAUGGAGAAAGAAAUAACUGAUCUGUUAGAUUCAUCUUUUUCAAGUUCCAUUUUAGAAUCCAUCGGGUGGAAUUAUCGCAAUACCGCUGCUUCCUUCAUUGCUGAAGUAACAACUUUGUGGGGCAUGGGAGCUACGGUGCCAAAUAUACAAGCACAGAAAAGAUCUGUUCAAAAUAAUCUCGGGCUAGCUACAUCCAUCAUUAGUACCUUCCUCACCAUGCAAAAAAUGGCCACUUAUAACGAAAUGCAAGAAAGUAUUGAAGGGGGGGGGGGUGUCGAUUUGGCAGGAGGGGCAAAGAUGAUGUCAGUGGAGGAAGGGAAAGACAGUCAAGCGGAACAAUGUAAUACGCGAAAUAAACAAACGGAAGAUGUUGGAAGUCGAAAUUUGAGUGAUGACUCCACUGGGGGGGGAGGAUACUACAGUGAUAAAUCAACCAAGGGCAAGUUCAAGGAUAAAGUUGCUAACAAGUUUAGCGACUUUUUGGGGGACAAGCGUAAGGGGAAGAAAAAGAAUAAGAAGAAGGACAAGGAGGGGGUCGAUGGUGGUGCAGUGGGGCCACGCAGCAACGUGGAGGAUGUAAGUAGCGGCACGUCCCAACCAGCCAAAACGAAUGAUGACUCCGGCAAGAAAAAGUCAGGUUCGAGGAAAGACAUGGAUCGGGAGGCCUACUUUGAAAAGAAGAAUAAUGAAGCCUUUGGCAUUAUUAUAAAAAAUGUUCUGAAGGUCGUCCUGUGGGAUAUUGAAAGCACCGUGAGGAAGGUAGCGGAGAAGGUCCUGCGAGAUGAAGGGGUCCCCAUACAAAUCAGGUUGCAAAGAGCCAAGGGGUUAAAACUGCUUGGGAAAAUUAUGCUGAGGCUGUCCAAGACCAAGACAGAUAUGAGCGACUCUAAGGAGUUUGAUGUGAACCAGCUGUUCGAGUCGGUCAUUUUGAAGGCCGCGGAGAAGGCAGCAGCGGAGGAGGAAGAGGAAGAGGCCGCCGCGUCAAGAGCGAAGGACAACGAUUUCUUUAAAAGGGAGGACUACUAG